AUGCCUAGUGACACGCGCCCAACGCAGUUUGGAACUCAACCAGACCACCUCGUUGACCCUGAACUCUUGCGUCAAUUAAAUGCUAAAAGAGAUGUUCUUGUGAACGCAUAUGAUCAAAUCGCUCAAGCACUUAGAUUCGCUGCAAAAGCUUGUGAUGAAUUUCAAUCGUUAAUCCCAAGAGAUGUAGGCAUUGUUCCUAGCGAUAGUCACAUGAGUGGAUCCGGCCACUCUUUACACCCAUCAAGAAAAUUUAAAAAGUCUCAGAUAAAGGAUCCAAAUGCUCCAAAACGCCCAAACACAGCUUACAUCUUGUUUAGUAAUGAAAUUCGCGCUGAGACAAAAGCUGAUAACCCAAAUGCAAACCAAAAAGAAAUCGUAACUCUCAUAGGUCAAAAAUGGAAAGCUUUGUCAAGAGAACAAAAAAAGGUUUAUGAAGACCGUUAUUUCGCUGAUAAAGAACGAUACGAUGAAGAACUUCGUGUAUAUAGGGCAACACAUGGUCACGUAGAAUCACCCCCUGAAACAUCUUCUAAUGAAGAUAAUGGGGAUCAUGGUGCCUCGGCUAAACUUGUUUCUAAUGCACCAAAUGUUUACGUUCCUAAUUUGGGUCCUAUUUCCGCAACUUCUGUUGGUGCAAUUCAAGGCGAUGUUAGCACAAUGCCUAUUUCCGUACCACCAUCGGAAACAGAAAAUUCUGCCUUGUUCGAAUCUUUCAUUGGUGCAUUCCAAACAGGAGAACAGCAAGAUGCGCUUGCUGCGGCAUUAGCAACAUCAGUUGAAGCUAUUUCAGGUUCAACUUCUAAUUUAAAUAAACGUACCUCUACUGAAGAUGACUCAGCUGACGUCUCGAAACAAGAUGACGAAGCUCCUGCGGCAAAAAGAACACGUGCUUCCUCUAAAAAAGCUAAUGAGGAAGAUGUUUUCAAUCCACCGGCUGAUGAUCUUGGAACUAAUACUGAACAAAAUGAUUCGGCCACUACAACGAAGAGAACAAGAACUAAACGAGGAGCUGCUGCUAAUGGCGCUGCAUCAACAUCUCAAUCUAAAACCGCUUCUGCUGCUACUACUCGUAGUCGACGCGGUGGAAAUGCCUGA